AGUCAGGAUCCUCCGAAGCAGACCAAUAAAAGAAGAGCACACCUCAUCUCCCUCCUCCUUUUUAUACUCUUGUCUGUCCCCGACUUCUGUCAACACGAACAGAAGGAGUUAUCGCCAUGGCAGCUUCUCUCCAAGCUACUGCAGCUUUCCUCUCCGCCGCUCCUUCCCGCUGCGUUCGUCUACGGUCGUCACCUUCUGUCGCCAAGGCCUUCGGCCUUGGAUCUUCCUCUGCCCGUCUCACCUGCUCUCUCCACUCUGAUCUCAGUGACUUCGCCAGAAAAUGCUCUGACGCCGCCAAGAUCGCCGGCUUCGCUCUCGCCACCUCUGCUCUCGUCGUCUCGGGAGCGAAUGCGGAGGGAGUGCCGAAGAGGCUGACGUUCGACGAGACGUGCAUGGAGGUUAAGGGCAUUACUACUACUGGAACUGCGAACGGCCACUCGGAGAAGUUCGGCUUCGAGCCGACAAUGGCCGAGGCAAGGUUUGCGGUGGAUGAGCACGACCGUACGAGCAAGUCCCGUCUCAAGUUCGAGAGAGUGAUUAGCGGUGAGAGACAGGUGGUAGCAGGCAUGAACUACAGGCUCGUCUUGGCUGCCAAAGACCCCGCCGCCUCCUCCACCAACAACUACGAGGCAUUCGUUUUUGUACCGCUCGGGGGUGAACCCUGGUCCCUCAAGCACUUCAAACCUCUCUACCUGACUAACUGA